ACUUCCGAAAGGAUUGUCUUCAAAACAUCAAAAUUGAAGUUCUACAGAAAACUCGUUUCUCUGUACAUGAAGAUCCUACAAUAAGAGUGCAUUUUAUUUGAGACUAAUGAACAUGAACAAAAAAUAUCCAAAAUAUCCUACAACUUGAUAUAAAGUAUAUCUGUUUUGGCUUUUUUUUAACCUUUGUACCAAAGGUUCUAAAACGCGCUCUAUAAUUUCGGCUUUGUACGACAGUAGGUACUUUUAUCUUGACACCAACAAAACCAGAAAGGCUAAAUCAUGUGACUUGUUGCUGUGGAUACGCCGAUAGAAGUAUCUAACCCACUUUUCAAACAAAUUAUGUCAGUUUCCUCUUUUCCAGUUUGUGGAGGGUAAGCUGCUGAUCAGUAUCUGUACAUCCUCCACCACAUGGAAGAGUACCGUAGGACAGCUGUUGUCUGAAGGACCAUGUUGCAGGCAGAGGGAGUUCAGCUGCUGUGCUUGACAGCCUCCAGUGGGGUGCCGCUCUUCUCCCGCGGUUCGACCAAACAGCUCCCCUUCUCCGUCAUUGGAUCGCUGAACGGGGUGCACAUGUUUGGUGGUGGACAGGGUGCGUUGCUUUCAUGCUGUGAGACGGACCGCGGCGCCCGAGUAGUUUGGAGAGUGUUUCGAGACAGCGUGAUGCUCAUUGCGGUCAGUAGCGGCGGAGACAGCACCGUCACAGAACUCCAGUUGUGCCGCCUACUGGAGAACACUUGGAACUGUAUGGUGUUGGUGCUAGGCCAAGAGGAACUGUCCAAUGUUCGCAAUGUGGAGCGUCUGAAAAGGGACUUGCGUUCAUGCUAUCGCCUCAUUGACCAACUGCUGGACCCAGGAGAUGAUGAAAGUGUCAUGGGGUACCUGACUAACUGUGCUGACUGCCUGCUGCCCCCAAACCCCAGCCUGCUUCAGGAGGCUCUUGAUGCCUUCACCCAAGCCGCAGACAGUGAGUUCGGCUGCCUGCUGAUUCGUGGUCGUGUUGCUGUGGCCACUGAGAAGUGGUGGCGCCUUGUCUCUCAGGAGGUGGUGCUCUUGUCACUUCUGGUACGCUGCAUGUCGGGCACCACCUCGUGCGACUACCCAGUGUUCCUCCCGGUGGGCAGCCCCACAGUGGCUCACCGGCUUCUUCGCUUCCAGCUUCUUCAGGGGGUGGACGUCUGCACCCUGUGCGGUCCGGCGCCCUCGCUUCACCACGCCAAGACCGAGCUUGUGGGCCGCUUCUGGUCUCCCCUGAUGGAGACGCUACAUGGUCUCCUGGCGCAAACACAGCACACUCCUGUCCCGUCCAUCGCUCUGCAUCCAGACAUCCUGGCCCUGCUGCUGAUCAACCGUGAAACCAGCCGCUCUUUGUCUGUCCCUGGCCGUCCCCCCGCUGUCACCCCCCAGGACGGCGUCCCCCCUCUGCCCUCCUCUUCACGGCGAUGGGAGCUGCUCCGUCUCUUCUACACGUUUGCCAUCACACGCUACUUCACCUCCGGGGAGGCGGCCGCACCGCCCGCAGAACCUCUGCAGGAAGACUUCUCCCAGGGCUUCUGCCACACGCCCCUGCACUGCUACCUGGUGACCGAGGAGUGCAAGUGCUAUGGGCUGCAGACGCCCCAGCAUCAGCUCUUCCUGCUGGCUGCGCUCACCAUGCCCACCUUCGCCCUACGUUCCAUCGCCACGCAGACUCUCACCUCAAUAACAGCAGCCACAGGCUUCUGAGGAACUCGUUAUGGUCUGGAAGGACCUUCUUUUUUUUUUUUUUUUGUGCCGUUGGAUGUGACUGAGCGUUACCAUGUGUUGUUUAGUGUCCGUGACACAUGUGUGCUGUGGGCCCUGCACUGCCCCCACACUCAUGAUUUUGGUAAUAAGAUGUAGCAUUAUCUGUUCAGCUGUACACUGCAGGGCCAAGCUGCAGUCUCAAGACAGAAUCAAAAUGGAGGAAGUAAGGCACCAUGAGAUAUUAUCACUAAUAUUGAUUUAGAACACUGGGCAAGUAACAGGCCUAAAAUGUCAAGGCUUUGCUGCUAUCGUCAUGUUUUAAAUCAUGAUCUUUUGUGACUUACAGUUUAAAGUAGUCAUCUUUUAUUUAAAUUUUUUUAGAUUUAUUUAUGGGCUUUUUAGCCUUUAUUUGCAUAGGACAGUGUAGUAUUUUGGACAGGAAGUGAGGAGGUGGGGAGAGGAUCGGGAAACGACAGCAGGCCGAAUUCGAACCCGUGUCCCCUCGGGCAUUGUAGCCCGUAAAUGGGGGGCUUAUUGGCUCGCGCCACAGUGCCCCCCAUCAAAUUUAGUUUUUAGCAUUAAAAUCAGGACUUUCCCAGGGACAUUUAAGAAGUUUUCUUUCAAUCAAACAUGCUACUGUAUCUGUCACUAGAACUGAAGACAUAGCGGCGUGCACGCUGGUGGUCUAUGGUGCAGGGCGCCUCUGCUUUAACGGAGUCAUUUCAAUGGAUGGCUGUUAAUCCAGGUCCGUAAUACACCUUGCACACCUAUGUUUAAGUAACCUGAGACUGAGUCUAAACAGAUUCAGCCUAACAGGUGGAUACCUCUGCUGAGUGACGGGGAAAGAAGCUGUGUGUCUUCUGUCUGUCAGUGCUCUUGGGAACACAAACUUCACUCGACAGAAAUAAUAUAAAGUGCACAGCUAGUAAUGCCAGCUGAUGCCCUUGGUCAGAGGCCCUUCAUUUGCGACGGAAUGGAAGGAAUACUUUAUUACAGGUAAAUAGAUGAAACUUUCAAGUACAUGGAAGCAUUUGCAUAUUUUAUUUACAUUUUACUUGUUUUUUUCCCCCCUAUUUUCCUCUAGAAACUGUAAUUUGCAAAGACACUGUUGGUACUUCAUGAAAUUACUGUAACAAGCCAUGUUUUGUAGUAGACUACCUGCUGCACUUUCAAUACCGAAAGUAUCUACAGUUAAUUUGCUCUUGAGCGCUCCAAAUGCCUUAAUAAUCACUAACAGCAGUAUGAGUUAUUGUUGAUGGUGUUUUUAUGGUUACCUCAAAGAAGGUAAUAAUUCAGUUCAUAAAUAAAAACAGACAGUACACCCCAUGGGUUUGUUUUGUGCAAACUGUAAUGGGACAAUUGUAUCCAAUAAACACUAAUAUUGAAACCCGUGGAA